GGAUGCUGCUGAGAUUGCGCUUUAAACGCAGGUAAAGAAGACCAAAGUCGAGUCAGCCAAACAAACAAGCCGCUAAAACUGGACCAACUAGAGAAGCAGGAAGUGAUGGAGCACUCCAAACAGACUAAGUACACUUCAGCCGAGAGGAAAGACACCGGGGACGGCGGCUCCGUCAUCAACGGACACUUCGACGGGGUGGUGAAGCGGCAAGUGGGGGGCACCGGGCGGAACGCCGCCGCACCGGCAGCGGAGCCCGGCUCGCACCGCACCGCCGCCUCGGUGAUGGAGAGCUGGAAGGAGGAGCGCACCAGGAGCGUGGAGGACAACGAGAUGAGCCUGCCGUCCCUGGCCGCAGCCUACACCACCAUCCUGCGGGGGCUCGGGGAAGACCCGCAGCGGCAGGGGCUCCUGAAGACCCCAUGGAGAGCCGCGACCGCCAUGCAGUUCUUCACCAAGGGCUACCAGGAGAAAAUUAUCGACGUGUUGAACGACGCCAUCUUUGAUGAAGACCACGAUGAGAUGGUGAUCGUCAAAGACAUCGACAUGUUCUCGAUGUGUGAGCACCACCUGGUGCCCAUCUUUGGCAGGGUUCAUAUCGGUUACCUUCCUAAUAAGAGAGUUCUGGGCCUCAGCAAACUGGCCAGGAUCGUAGAAAUCUACAGCCGGCGACUACAAGUUCAGGAGAGGUUGACCAAACAGAUCGCCGUGGCAAUCACUGAGGCCCUGCAGCCAACCGGGGUCGGCGUUGUCAUCGAGGCGACCCACAUGUGCAUGGUGAUGCGAGGCGUCCAGAAGAUGAACAGUAAAACCGUCACCAGCACCAUGCUGGGAGUCUUCAGAGAAGAUCCAAAAACCCGCGAUGAGUUUCUCACCCUCAUCAGGAGCUGAGAAGGAUGAAGCUUCUCCUCUUCCUCCUGCUGCCUGGGGUUACCUCCACCUGCAUGGACCAGCUGCCAUGCUACGUGUGUGUGUGUGUGUGUGUGUGUGUUUCCAUCUCAUUGAAGGCAGUGAAAGGGUGUUACUGUUAUUUUUCAGUCUGUGACGAUCCGAUGAGGCGACGCUUUACCUGACCAGUUCCAGAGUGAGGUCAGUGGCGGACAUGUUUACCGUCAGAUGGUGAAACAGACUUUACCCUCUUUUAGUGUGCAUGAGUGUAGAUGUUACUGAAACAUGUGUCAUUGUCCUUAAAAAACAGGAGUUUCUACUCUAAACCACAACAGAAUCAAACAUUUUAUGACACUAAACCGUCUAAAUCCCGUUAUUAUGCAGUAGAACUAAAAUCAUAUUUAAUAAUUAGGUAUUAAGCAAGAGGAUUUUAAAGGUUUACAGCUUCUCACUGCCAGAAAUGUUCAAGAAUAGGACAACACCAUCAAACAUUCAUGUCCCCAGAAACUUUGUCCCGUCAUAUUUCAUCACAUUUUUAACGCUUUGUUAAUUUUAGCAGAUAUUUUAUUUUGUUUGCAGCCAGAUUAAACAAAGUUUUCCAAACCAAUUUAAACCAUAAACCAAAUUAACUGGAGAAUAAAAAAAAUAAAGCACUUUAUUUUCUUAAAAGUGAAUCUCACACUUUAAAGAUAUAAUGCAGAAAGACUUUCAUGAACUUGUUUGCUGGCAGUCGUCUGUCAUCAAACUCAAUCAUCAAAAUUGAUAAACUGCUGAUUGUUGCAGCAUUUAAAAAAAUAACCAAGAACAAGAAAAUUUAAUAUGUUGGUGGUGGUCACCAGCCUCGCUGCUGUCAGUACGCCCCAGGACAGCUGUGGCUACAUUGUAGCUCACCACCACCAAGGAGUGAAAGUGUAAAAGAAUGAUUGUAUCUAAACACGUUUGUCAGGCGGUAGUGAUUACGUCCCGUUCCAUCACUGAUUCUACACUCACCCUUUCUUCUUACUGGGCAACGCUCAGUCACUGAUGCCCUUUCGUCUCUACCCGAGGUCCUUGUAUCGCACAUCCUCAGCGUGCCGCACGAACCCUAGCUGCUGUUCAGGCGCGCUGCCAGCCGAUGGUCCUGGCUCCCAUCCUGUUGGCUAGUCGCUUGCAGUUUGUAGCGUAACAGGCCUGCCUGGGAUCACCCAGCGUUCUGAGUCCAUGUUUGGGUUUGCUGACACGCUACAGCCUUUCUGUUUGGUCACAUGAUUCCUCCUCUCAGCAUCUUGGUCAUUUUAUUCACCAGGAACUCUGUUAGUCAAUAGUAAAGCAGCUAGCCGACAUGCUAGCACUGGAGUCCACUUCCAGCAUGUUUCCUGCAUGCUUUUGAUCAUGAACACAGCUGAUUUGUUUGAUUUAGUGAUGAAUCACUCCUGUAGACACUAGUGAAGACUGGGAAAACAUUUCAAUUAGAUUAAGGUGUUAAAAACGCAAACGCACAGCAAGGAGGAGAGUUUCAGUUUUAAAACAGUGAAUUAAAACUAGGGGGUGCUAAAAGCAAGCCAAAACUGCAGAGUGUUGCUUUAAUAGCAGCAUCAUAAGCUAUCCUUUAUUUUUUAUUAGCAUUCCUUUUAAGUUAAGUUUAAUGAAAUUCUUUAGAUUAAAAGUUGUGAAGGAAGGCAUCGAAAUGCAUCAUAAUAAGGGCUGCAUGGUGGUGCAGUGGUUAGCACUGUUGCCUCGCAGCACGAAGGUUGCAGGUUCGAAACUCGGCUGUUGCCUUUCUGAGUGGGGUUGCGUGUUCUCCCCAUGCAUGCGUGGGUUUCCUCCGGGUACUCCGGUUUCCCCCACAGAUCACAACAUGCCCUAUAGGUUAUAAAUUGUAAGUAGCUUUGGAUGGUAAAUGGUAAAUGGUCUGUAUUUGAUAUAGCGCCUUCUAGAGUCCUGGAACCCCCCAAGGCGCUUUACAACACAAUCAGUCAUUCACCCAUUCACACACUGGUGGGGAUGAGCUACGAUGUAGCCACAGCUGCCCUGGGGCGCACUGACAGAGGCCACCGGUCACCAGUCCCUCCGACCACCACCAGCAGGCAACUUGGGUUAAGUGUCUUGCCCAAGGACACAACGACAGCGACAGACUGAGUGGGGCUCGAACCUGCAACCUUCCAAUUACGGGGCGAGCACUUAACUCCUGUGCCACCGUCGCUGUCGCGUCUGCUAAAUAAAUAAACACAAACCCCUUCCAAUGUUUUCCUGGAACUGCCUUCCUGUGCCAACCUGCCUCUGGGUUCAAAUCAAAACACUUUAUUUACAUGAGGUGUUGAAAGACCCUGUGUGUGUGUGUGUGUGUGUGUGUUUCCUGCAAAUGGACAUUGUGAAUGCAGGUGUGUGUUGUUCUGUGACAUUGUGGUGACUUAUAGAAAACAUCAUUUAGUGUUUCAGUGUCUGCGGUCAGGUUUCUGUGUACCACAGUGGCUGAAGUUGUGUGUGUGUGUUGGAGGGAAGACGAGUGCUAACAGCGCUGUUGUUCCUGUGGCCUUGUUGAGAAAGGUGUCCUGAUCUUACCAUCAGUGUCACUUUAUGUACUGUGUUCAUUUUGAAGACUUUUUAAUCAAAGACAAUAAACCUUUAUGUGACAGAGUGUCUAUCUGCA